AUGGCCCAGGCAAUCAAGAGCGCCGUGCCUUCGCACCUCAAGGCCGCUCUCGGCGGUGGCAGCGACAAGCAGGACGACACCGAGUUCUCCCAGAGGCACCACGGCAAGACCCGAUCCCACAUGGCCUUCGAGAACACCUCCACAAACAUUGCUGCCGCCCAGAUGCGCAAUGCGCUGACCCAGCUCGCCGAGACCGUCGAGGACGGCAAGCAGAAGAAGCUCUUCGAGACCGAGAUGGACAACUUCUUUGCCCUCUUCCGCCGGUAUCUGAACGACAAGGCUAAGGGCAAUGCUGUUGAUUGGGACCGUAUUGCGCCGCCCGCCCAGGGCCAGGUUGUCGACUACGAAGACCUUGCCAACUCAGAGUCCGUCAACUUCCUCAACAAGCUUGCCGUCCUCAAGCUCAACGGCGGUCUUGGUACCUCCAUGGGCUGCGUCGGUCCCAAGUCCGUUAUCGAGGUCCGUGACGGCAUGUCCUUCCUGGAUCUGUCUGUCCGGCAGGUCGAGUACCUCAACCGCACCUACGGCACCAACGUCCCCUUCCUCCUCAUGAACUCCUUCAACACCGAUGACGAUACCGCGUCCAUCAUCAAGAAGUACGAGGGCCACAACGUCGACAUUCUCAGCUUCAAGCAGUCCCGUUACCCCAGGAUCUUCAAGGACAGCUUGCUGCCCGUCCCCAAGUCCUUCGGCCACUCACAAGAGGCCUGGUAUCCUCCCGGUCACGGUGACGUUUUCGAGUCUCUCUACAACUCGGGUAUUCUCGACAAGCUGAUCGAGCGCGGCAUCGAGAUCAUCUUCCUCUCCAACGUCGACAACCUGGGCGCCGUUGUGGACCUGCGCAUCCUCCAGCACAUGGUUGAGACCAACGCCGAGUACAUCAUGGAGUUGACCAACAAGACCAAGGCCGAUGUCAAGGGCGGUACCAUCAUCGACUACGAGGGCUCGGUCCGCCUGCUCGAGAUUGCGCAGGUGCCCAAGGAGCACGUCAACGAGUUCAAGUCGAUCAAGAAGUUCAAGUACUUCAACACCAACAACAUCUGGAUGAACGUCAACGCCAUUAAGCGUGUCGUCGAGAAUAACGAGCUCGAGAUGGAGAUCAUCCCCAACGGCAAGACCAUCCCCGGCGACAAGAAGGGCGAGUCGGACAUCUCCAUCAUCCAGCUCGAGACGGCCGUCGGCGCCGCCAUCCGCCACUUCCGCAACGCGCACGGCGUCAACGUGCCCCGCCGGCGCUUCCUGCCCGUCAAGACGUGCUCGGACCUGAUGCUCGUCAAGUCGGACCUGUACACGGUCAAGCACGGCCAGCUGCAGAUGAGCGCCAACCGCUUCGGCGACGCGCCCCUCAUCAAGCUGGGCACCGACUUCAAGAAGGUCUCGGACUUCCAGAAGCGCAUCCCCUCCAUCCCCAAGAUCAUCGAGCUCGACCACCUGACCAUCACGGGCGCCGUCAACCUGGGCCGCGGCGUCACCCUCAAGGGCACCGUCAUCAUCGUCGCCACCGAGGGCAGCACGAUCGACGUCCCGCCCGGAUCCAUCCUCGAGAACGUGGUUGUCCAGGGUAGUCUGCGUCUGCUCGAGCAUUAA